AGGAGGGCAACGGCGUCCAGAGGGACCAUGGGCCGUCGAAGUGCGCUGGCCCUAGCUGUAGUGUCCGCCCUGCUGUGUCAGGUCUGGAGCUCGGGCGUCUUUGAGCUGAAGCUGCAGGAGUUCGUCAACAAGAAGGGGCUUCUGGGGAAUCGAAAUUGCUGCCGCGGGGGCGCUGGCCCGCCAUGCGCUUGCAGGACCUUCUUCCGCGUGUGCCUCAAGCACUACCAAGCCAGCGUGUCCCCCGAGCCGCCCUGCACCUACGGCAGCGCAGUCACACCGGUGUUGGGCGUUGAUUCCUUCAGCUUGCCCGACGGCGAGGACGCCGGAGCCGACGCGGCUUUCAGUAAUCCCAUCCGCUUCCCCUUUGGCUUCACCUGGCCGGGCACCUUCUCUCUGAUCAUUGAAGCCCUGCACACAGACUCUCCUGAUGACCUAGCAACAGAAAACCCAGAAAGGCUCAUCAGCCGCCUGGCCACACAGAGGCACCUGACGGUGGGCGAGGAGUGGUCUCAGGACCUGCAUAGCAGCGGCCGCACAGAUCUCAAGUACUCCUACCGCUUCGUGUGCGAUGAGCACUACUAUGGGGAGGGCUGCUCUGUGUUUUGCCGCCCGCGGGACGAUGCCUUCGGCCACUUCACCUGUGGGGAGAGAGGGGAGAAGGUGUGCAACCCCGGCUGGAAGGGCCAGUACUGCACAGAACCAAUCUGCCUGCCAGGGUGUGAUGAGCAGCAUGGAUUUUGUGACAAGCCAGGGGAAUGCAAGUGCAGAGUGGGCUGGCAGGGCCGGUACUGUGACCAGUGCAUCCGAUACCCAGGCUGCCUCCAUGGCACCUGCCAGCAGCCCUGGCAGUGUAACUGCCAGGAAGGCUGGGGGGGCCUUUUCUGCAACCAGGACCUGAACUACUGCACACACCACAAACCCUGCAAGAACGGGGCCACCUGCACCAACACAGGCCAGGGGAGCUACACAUGCUCCUGUCGACCUGGGUACAUGGGUGCCACUUGUGAGCUGCAGGUGGAUGAGUGCGACCCCAGCCCCUGCAAGAAUGGAGGCAGCUGCAUGGACCUCGAGAAUGGCUACUCCUGCACCUGCCCUCCCGGCUUCUACGGCAGAAUCUGUGAGCUGAGUGCCAUGACCUGUGCAGAUGGGCCCUGCUUCAACGGGGGGCGCUGCUCAGACAAUCCUGAAGGGGGCUACACCUGCCGCUGCCCUGGGGGUUACUCUGGCUUCAACUGCGAGAAGAAGAUGGAUCACUGCAGCUCUUCACCCUGCUCUAAUGGUGCCAAGUGUGUGGACCUCGGGGAUGCCUAUCUGUGCCGCUGCCAUGCAGGCUUUUCCGGGAGGCACUGUGAGGACAACGUGGACGACUGUGCCUCCUCCCCGUGUGCGCAUGGGGGCACCUGCCGGGAUGGGGUGAAUGACUACUCCUGCACCUGUCCCCCUGGCUACACGGGCAGGAACUGCAGCGCCCCUGUGAGCAGGUGCGAGCACAUGCCGUGCCACAACGGGGCCACCUGCCACGAGAGGGGCCCGCGCUACAUGUGCGAGUGCGCCCAGGGCUACGGGGGUCCCAACUGCCAGUUCCUGCUCCCUGAGCCACCCGGCCCCAUAGUGAAGUACGAGGGUGGGCCCUUCCCCUGGGUGGCUGUGUGUGCCGGAGUAGUCCUGGUCCUCAUGCUGCUGCUGGGCUGCGCUGCUGUGGUGGUCUGUGUCCGGCUGAGGCUGCAGAAACAGCGACCGCCAGCUGACCCCUGCCGGGGGGAGACGGAAACCAUGAAUAACCUGGCCAGCUGCCAGCGCGAGAAGGACGUCUCGGUCAGCGUCAUUGGGGCCACGCAGAUUAAGAACACCAACAAGAAGGCUGACUUCCAGGGGGAUGGCGCGGACAAGAAUGGUUUCAAGGCCCGGUACCCUGCGGUGGACUAUAACCUCGUGCAGGACCUCAAGGGCGAAGAAGCUGCAGGCAGGGAUGCGCACAGCAAGCGAGAUGCCAAGUGCCAGCCUCAGGGCUCCACAGGGGAGGAGAAGGGCACAGUGGCCACACUCAGGGGGGGAGAAGCACCUGAGAGGAAAAGGCCAGAGUCCCUCCACUCCACCUCGAAGGACACCAAGUACCAGUCGGUGUACGUCAUAUCAGACGAGAAGGACGAGUGCGUCAUAGCAACUGAGGUGUAAGCUGGAAAAUGCGGCAAGAUUCCCGUUCCUCUAAAAUAGACACAAUUCCAAGGAUAUAUGCCCCCACGAAUGCUGCUGAAAGAGAGAGGAGCCCACGGCUGCUGCAGAGGCGAGGCCCGCGCACCGGCUCCGGCUCGGCUCUUGCACUGCCCGCUGGGACCCUUCCGUUGCACUAUGGACAGUUGCUUUUAAAGAGAAUAUAUUUAAGCUAGCGGACUCAGUCCCUGCUGAGAAGCAUGCACUGCCACGUAUAGGUCUGGGGUUCUUAUGAGCCGGUCUGUUCCUGACUAGAAACACAAACUGCCUUUACUGUACUUUUUGAUACUGAAAUGUGUUUUUUCUAGAUGGAAAAAUGUGUGUUAUUUUUUGGAUUUGUAAAAAUAUUUUUCACAAUAUCUGUAAAGCUUGAGUAUUUUGUGAUGUUUGUUUUUUAUAAUUUAAAUUUUGGUAAAUAUGUACAGAGGCAC